AAAAUCCCUUUGUGGGGGUAGAAAUUUUCCACAAGGAAUCGGUAUCCGAUUUCAACUAUGCACUCUGUAAUCUUUUUCCCUCCUCUGACCUUCCAAACACGUCUCUAUUUCUCUAUAUAUACCUCUCCUCUUGUUUGGCCCUCUUCUUCCAUUUUCCCUCUCCUGUAACCUUUACAUACAUUUUCUUUGCAUUAAUAUAUUGCUCAUAUUUUCCACGUUCUCUGCCAGCAUUUUCUUGUUCAGGUUUCAAGAAAGGCUGAAACAGUACUUUGUUCGUUGGUCAAUAAAUCUGCAUGGAUCUGAAACCUAAUCAUACAUCGCCGGUUCUUGCCGACUCUGCUCCGAUGAAUAACUCGAGAUUAGGCAUCAAUUCAUCUCUUCUUCCAUACUCACCCAAUGCUUCAGUAUUUUCUCGCUCUCUCCACCUUCCAAUCCCAAGGAGAAGGCCCGGAAUACUUGAUGAUGUUCGGUCAAGCGUGCUGGAUGCCAUGAAAGCAUCAUCUCCUACUCAUACCACAUUAACUAAAGAUUCCAGCACAGAGUUAACAUUAAGUGAUGGCGACGUUGCUUAUCGCAAUUGGAUGAUAAAGUAUCCGUCAGCACUUGCAUCAUUUGAGCAAAUAGCAAAUGUUGCAAAAGGAAAACAAUUAGCAUUGUUCUUGGACUAUGAUGGGACCUUAUCCCAAAUCGUAGACAACCCAGAUCAUGCAUUCAUGUCAAAUGCAAUGCGUGACGCUGUAAGAAAUGCAUCAAACUAUUUUCCAACGGCAAUAAUUAGUGGGAGAAGCCGUGAUAAGGUUUAUGAGUUUGUAGGACUUAGAGAACUUUACUAUGCUGGAAGUCAUGGGAUGGACAUUAUGUGCCCUGUUCAGUCCAUUUCCAACGACAAUGUAAAUUGUAUUAGGUCAUCUGAGAAGCAGGGCAAAGAGGUCAACUUGUUCCAGCCUGCUAGUGAAUUCUUGCCUAUGAUUGAUGAGGUUUUUAUAUCCCUGGUCGAAACUAUGAAAGGUGUAGCUAGUGCAAAAGUUGAGAACAACAAAUUCUGCGUUUCUGUACACUACCGUAAUGUAGAAGAAAAGAGUUGGAAAGUACUCGGCCAACAUGUUGAAGAAAUUUUGAAAAACUACCCCCGACUGCGGCUGACACAUGGUAGAAAGGUUUUAGAAAUUCGACCAGUGCUUGACUGGGACAAGGGUAAGGCUGUCGAGUUUCUACUUGAAUCACUUGGAUUAGUUGAUUGUGACGAUGUUCUUCCCAUAUAUGUUGGAGAUGAUCGCACUGAUGAAGAUGCAUUUAAGGUUUUGCGAGAGGGUAAUCGAGGUUACGGUAUAUUAGUUUCUUCCACACCUAAGGAAAGCAAUGCAUUUUACUCUCUCAGGGAUCCAUCAGAGGUCAUGGAAUUUCUCAACAACUUGGUGAAAUGGAGGAACACAAAGUGCUCUAGGAUUCUGCUGUGAUACAAGGAGUACACUUUUGGAUUAACGAGAAUACGAGAAAUUCUUUUGCUGUCUUUUUGAAAAAAUUUAAGAGUUUUACAUAAGUUUAGAAGAAGUGUCUAUUGAAGCAUAUCCUGAGGCAGUGGUAGGAGUAAUAAUUUUUCUCCUCUGCUGUUUUUUUUCCCACAUUCUUUUGUUUCCCGUCCUCUCUUUGGCUUCUCGAAUAUGCUGCCGCACCUAUGUGGUUUGUUUGGUAAGGAAUUGUACAGUACUAUAUUGUACUAUUGUAUUGAUUGUAUAGUAGUGCAAUAGAAAUCAAGAAAGAGGGAGAAGAAAAUGUGCAAAAAGUAUAGUUUGAAAUUAGCAUAAA